AUGCAAUAUUCCGACAUAUUCUCGCUCCUGUCAGACCUGGAAAUGGCCAUGUUCGGUCCCAACUUGAUGAACGCUUCUCCACUGAAAGACAUGAUACUAAGGGAUGGUUUGACGCACUCGGUCAAGAUCCUCGGAUUUCCAGAUUCCAUCCCCAAAGCUACGCCAACUUUUUCCAUGCUGCGGGUACAUUCCCAGGAAGGACAAUGGGCUGACAAUCAAUUGCAUUGGUCGCCCAUUUCCACGCUAGUACUGUCAGAACUAAAGGUAGAUGGGGUCCCUCGAUGUGUGUAUAAAUCUGUAACAAUAAAUGUACAAACGAUCGACUCAGAGUCGUCUUCGAACGAGUUACCACAGGAGGAACAGGUCUCGAGCUCAAUGUCUUACGAGAAGCGCGAGAAGGCCAUUGAUCUGUCACACCAUCUCUCUGACCUCUCGCGUGCUCGACGACCUUCCCCUCUGAAGUCAUUAUCCAAGUUCUUCGGACGUCCAGGCGUGAUAAGCCUUGCAGGCGGCCUCCCCAAUGAAGCAUGCUUUCCGUUCGCCAGUAUAUCAGCCGAUGCCCUCAUCCCGGAGUCGUUCUCCCUGAAGAAUGCUCCGCAGGAGUCAUCGUUAUCAUGGAUAUGGAAACUCUUUGGCAGAGGGACACCGAAGGAGAGGACGACCCCGAUAAGCAUACCCAAGUAUCCCGACUCGCCUGAUGAUGUCAAUUUGGCCAUUGCUCUGCAAUAUGGAACUGCUACCGGUCUUCCCCAGCUUCAGAGAUUCAUCAAGGAAUUUGUUGAGAAAGUCUACCAGCCAGCGUAUAGCGACUAUACCAUUAUGGCACAUGUCGGUAAUACAGACGGCUGGUCCAGGGUUCUGCAGACACUGUGUAAUCCCGGAGAAGGGUUUCUUACAGAAGAAUGGACCUAUCCUUCAGCAGUAGCCGGUGCUCGGCCAUUUGCAUUGCAACCCGUCCCUGUUGCUAUGGAUAAGGAAGGCAUGACCAGUACUGACCUUCGUAAGGUUUUAUCUGAGUGGGAUGAAUCCGCACGCGGGUUCAAGCGUCCCCACGUUAUGUACACCGUCCCAAUCGGCCAGAACCCAUGCGGCUUUACCAUGGGUGCUCAGCGGAAGAAGGAAAUUUACGAUAUAUGUGUUGAAUAUGAUAUCAUCAUCUGCGAAGAUGACCCCUACUACUUCCUGCAGUUCGGAGAAUAUGUCCAGAAAUCGCAGCGCCGGUCUCACUCUGAUAACGCUAUUGAUGCGGCGCAAUUCCUGAAGACCUUAGCUCCGACUUACCUGAAAUUUGACUACCAGGGCCGUGUCAUUCGUCUCGACACCUUCUCUAAGUACAUUGCACCGGGUUCACGUCUCGGAUGGCAUACUUGCAGUCCUUUAUUUGCGGAGAGGUUGGAACGCCAAGGAGAGACAUCCACUCAAGCCCCGUGUGGUUUUGGACAGUCGCUGAUCACGCAGCUGUUAUUGAACUGGAAGUAUGAUGGGUACAUCCGUUGGCUCCAGGGGCUUGCGAUCCAGUACACAAGGAGACGCGACUUUUUCGUUGAUUGUUUUGCCAAUGAAUUUGACUUGAAGCGGUCCACAAGUGACUUUUCCUUGUGGCAAGGCUGGGACGUCUACGAUGGGUACACAAAACCCAGAAAUCAGUUCAUGUCUGAGAAGAAGUCUAGCGUGAAAGUCCUCAGCUUUGUUCCGCCGACCUCAGGAAUGUUCCUCUGGGUCAAGAUUUACUUUGAGAAUCAUCCUUCUUUCAAGGAUGAAGACGAGCAGAGUCUUGAGCUGCAGUUAUGCAACAAGCUCGGAGAAGCCGGGCUGAUCAUCUGUCCAGGAAGCUUUUUCGCAGCGAACGAUACCGAGUUCAAGCCGGGCACUGGUCAUUUCCGGAUGAGCUUCAGCUAUGAAGACUUGGAGACGCUCAAGAAGGCAGUCAAGAUUUUCAGAGAGACUACAGAGAAGUUCUUGGAGUUAUAG